UUCAAAGCAAUCCCAAGCUUCUCUGCAGCAGAGCUUCCUUUCCUUUUCUUUCCCUCCUAACCACCAAACCGCAAACCGCAAACCAUGGCGGCCAUAACGCAAACCGAGCGUGAGCUCCCCAUUCGCGAUAAUCCGGACCUCGAGUCCUUCGACAUCGUAAGCGCGUACACGAAGCUCCUGCACGACGACCCGGACCUCACGAUGCCGGUAGCCGCGAUCGAGGCGCUGAUCGAGUGCCUGUCCCAAUCGUCGGCCAAGACCGUCUUUGAGACUAUGGACCUCAUCAAGACGCAAUCGGCCAAGCUGCGCGCCGCGGUGCGCAACCCGGUCGCCCUGACGCACGGCACCGACCUGUUCCAGCAGUACCUCGUCAGCUCGCUCAAGCAGCCCGGCCCCGACGGCAAGGAGACUAGCAGUCACGAGAACUUCGAGGUCGUGCGCCAGCACCUCAUGCGCAACGGCCGCCUCUUCGCCUCCCGCGCCAAGCAGGCCCGCGAGCAGAUCGCCGCCCUCGCCCGCGAGUACGUCCGCGACGGCGCCGUCAUCCUCACCCACGGCGGCUCGCGCGUCGUCCGCACCCUGCUCGCGCGCGCCGCCGAGCCCUUGCCCAACGUCGGCGACCCGCGCCGCCGCUUUAAAGUCAUCCACGUCGUCAACGAGGCCCGCCGCGCCGAGAGCCUGCGCGUCGUCGCCGCCCUGCGCGAGAAGGGCGUCCAGGUCGCCACCAUCCCCGAGUCCGCCGCCGCCUACGCCAUGAGCAAGGUCAGCGUCGUGCUCGUCGGCGCUGAGGCCGUCACCGCCAACGGCGGCGUCAUCUCCCGCAUGGGCACGUACCAGCUGGCCCUCCUCGCCAAGGCGCGCCGCAAGGAGUUCUUCGUCGCCGCCGAGCAGCACAAGUUCGGCAAGACCUUCCCCAUCGACCAGUUCGACCUCGGCUUCGACCAGCAGAUCUUCGACUUCCACGCCCGCGAGCAGGACGAGGAGAGCGAGGAUAAGACUACGGCGCGGCCUAUCGAUGACCCGGUCGAUUAUACGCCACCCGAAUUCAUCACUUCCAUUCUCUCGGAUAACGGCGUCCUUACGCCUUCGGAUGUAGCCAAGAUGGUUAUUGAUCUGAUGUACUGAAGCGUCGCUGAGAUGACGAGAUAAAUGCCUCGUGGUUCUGUCUUCGGACCACACUCACACCUACACCCAUACCCAUACCCAUACUCACACAUGCUUCAUAUCCCUCUGACAUACAUACAUGCUUAAUGUAUGGUGAGACACGAUUCUCUACAUAGCUUUGGUGGUGAAAAGUCAUACUGACUGCCCUACGAAGUUCAAUAAGAGGGAAUUAUUACCUACACAGUCUGGAACCUAGUAGAAUCCUGACAGGCGCUGGGAG